AUGUCGCUGGAUCUUGAGAAACAGCUUACCUUCUAUGGGGCUUACCACCAUAACCGUGUGAAUGUUAUCAUUCACAUGGCUUCCAACUGUGGCCCCUUUUUUACAUUGCCCCCCUGGAUUCAGAUACCUUACCUUGAGCCAAAUUUGGGUACCUUUGCAGCAAUGACGUGGGGUGGUUUGUAUCUUCUGCUCGAACCCGUUGCUGGAGGUGCCCUCUGCCUGAUCUGUUUGGGCGGCGCGGCGCUCAUGAACUAUCUCCGUCAACAAGACCCCGUGGGCAACACAAAGAUUGCCCUUAUUGUCCACAUUGUAUGCUGGCUUUUGCAGUUCAUCGGCCACGGAAAGUUUGAGGGCAGAGCCCCGGCCUUGUUGGACAACAUCUUCCAGGCCAUCUUCUUAGCACCACUGUUCGUCUGGCUCGAACUGCUCUUCAUGAUUGGCUACCGACCUGAGCUUCAGAAGCGUGUCAGCAAACAAGUUGACGCCGAGAUUGCCAGGUUCAGGGCUCGGAAGGCGGAACAAGCCAAGAAAACCGACUAG